GGAUUGUAAGAACGGAUGCUGCGUCCUCUCGUACGACGGUUAGUGGGUCGUUGGGACGCGCCGCGACGGCCUAAGCGGAAGAACGUUACAUCUGUCCGUCGGUAGUGUUUCGGCGGCUAUAGCAUUGAUCGCAUGCUCUUAAAAACCUCAUAUGAGCCGCCUCACGUGCGUUUUGGGCCUACAAAAUUUCGGUAAUUUAAAAAAAAAUGUUAUUUAACUUUAGUGAAAGUUUGUUUUCUUUGCAUUAGGGAAAAGUUUGAAAGUAAAUUAAUGCAUUAGUACUUAAAAAACACAUAUAAAAAUAAACACAAUGAGUAGAGAAGAUCGUGAACGACAUAAGAAGCCAGAAUGUUCAAACAUCCAACGACCUCAAAACACGAAACGCAAGUCUGGAUUAAAACAACAAACUUCGAAAAGUGGUUCCAGUCUAAAAAUGACUGUCCAGGAUUUUGUCAGGAUGGAUCCAGGAUACACACGCAACAUCGAGCAUCUGGUUUUUCCUUCUGGCAGAAGGAGUAUGCCACAGGUCAUUUCCGCCGAGACUAAAGAUAAAAAACAAACCGAAGAUCCUGGAAAAACAAAAUUUCGUUUAAAACAAAUGUUCGAAAUGACCAAACAAAUCGAAAAACAUUACGCUGAAAAAAGCCCUAGUAACAAAAACGCACGGAUAAAUAAAAGCGUUGAUAGUAUUCUUGAUGAAAGCAGAAACUCACGAUCGUCACGAUCUUUGGAUGCAGGCCGUCGUUGGAAGUCGACUAAUGAGGAUCCACCAGUUCGUCAAAAUUCCCUGCUAAAGCAUAUGCCAAGUAGCAGUAGGCUUAUACCUUCACCUGUCACUGAUCCCGACAUACCAAGCAAAAGCACUAGCAGAGGGCCAAACGUGUCAGUACUGCACUUGCGCAGUACCUCGGAACCAUGGGAAACUGCCUCCAAUAACUCAUACGGUGGUGCCGUUAGUCGCACCUAUUUAUCGGGUCGAAGUUCCAAAGCGAAAAAUCCUCCGCCCCUCACAAAACACCAGAGCCUCGGAACCAGUUCUAACCUAAACCAUAACACUACCAAGUGGGGAAAAUCUCCCAGUUUUCAUUCUGUUGGAGAAGUGAAGGACCACGAGCCAUAUCGUCAGGUUGAUAAUCAAUGCAAUAGAGAGCUGUCUCCUGUGAGGUGGUGCGACAUGCCGGUGCAAGGCGUGUUUUUGGGCAGAUCUGGUUGGGUUCAAGUCCAGCAAAGAUCUGUGGAUGUGCUCCAAAAAUACGAAGAAGAGAAAAGGCUCCAAAAACAACCAACAAAGAAGAAUCUUAGUGCAUUUCACUACAAUAGCGAACCUGGAAACCACUAUGAUAAACCUAGAACUAAAGAAGUUCAAAGACCACAACAUCUCUUAUUAAAUACUCAAAGUUAUGAUUACAGAUCAAGUAGGACCCCAUCGCCAGUUAUACCAUUGGCUUCCUAUUCACCACCUUCUCUUACUCCUAUAAUUUCACCCCCACCUGCUUUUCAGGAUAAAAAUAAAGCUCAUCAGAACUCCAGAUCUUUCUUUGGCAAAACACCAUUUUUACCUAGAUAUGAUGCGAUUGAAGACAGUGACGUCAGUCCACCCAGUUCUCCUCCUAAUAAACCGUGGAAAUCUUUUGCGCCAAAUUUACCUGCACCUUUGGUUCAUAAAAAAACAUCCCCUUCAAACGACAAACCUUCUAAAAGACAAACGGGUGGAAUUCCACAGACAAAGUCUUUGGAAGAUACCAGUGCUAUAAGAAGAACUACAUUUGGCGAGCGUUUUAGGGAAUCACCAUCAUCAUCGUCAUCUUCUAUGGGCUUUAAGAGCUUGGACAGCACUGUAAACCGAAACAUACUACCUAGAUUAUCAGAAAAUACAGACUCUUCAAUUGACACGUACGAAGAUGCCGACGAUGAAGAUAACAGUUCUUCACUUAACAUCAGCAUGAACCCAGUGCCUAAUGCGGUUUUAAAUCGUGUAGUAUCACCUAGACAAUAUUUUCGACAACCCUUAAGGAAAUCUCCGGGGAGUUCAGAUACCUUACAACCAAGCUGCAAUUCUUCUAGUUCAUCGUCUACGGAAAGCUUUGAGUUUGUGGCUCCACAGCAAUUACGUAGAAGUGCGCCGGUAAGAGGUAAUCAGAAGCAACAACAAUUAGAAGAAAGCAUACGCGUUCGGCGAUCAAGAAGUUUACAGUUACCAGAAAAGAACGCAUCAAAUAUGUCAUCUAGUCGUAUAUCACCGCAACAUACCAAUAUACAAAGGGGUUUGCCUAAGACUGGCAGUUUACAGGAGAGACCAUCAAGAUCUAGCAAUCAACAAAUACGUUCAAUGGAUGAGGAAGUUAUAAAUGUGGAUUUAUUGAGGGAAGCCGAAGUGGUAACGGAAUAUCUAUAUGGUAAUAGAUCUAGAGCGGCAGCUCAAGCAUUGUUAACGCACAGAUUUAACAAUAAUAACAAUAUUACCUCAAAAGAAGAAGUUAACGAUGAUGUGUGGAAACCUCGUAAAGAUGGUUUAACAGUUUACUACGUGGGCAAACCUAGAACUAACGGUAGUCAAAAGUUGCUUGUCCGGGGGUCUACCACACCCAACAUUCCAAACCCUCGGAGUAACACACCCUACGAUUUUUGGCCGCACUGCGCAAACCGCGACGCGCACUACAUGAUGCGCCAAUCUCAGAGCUAUCCGACCCAUCAGCGCUCACUGGAUUCGGUCACCGACAAUUUUCGCGGGUCUCGAAUUUUACCCGACUUGUGUCGAAGAGAACCCGCGCAGCGCCGUGUGAGUCCAAAUAGGGCGCCGUCGGAGGAGAGGCGACCGCCAGUGCCGACUCGUGGUCCUUCAAGAAACGUCUCGCCCAGGGAGGAUGCAUGCAAUACGAUACAAUCGCGACCGGGUAGUGCCCCUACCGAACAACGCGCACCCAGUAUGGAUCAGCAGCAAAGAUCACUCUCAUUGCCCAAAUCAUUUUUGACCAACACCACUCCAAAUGGAAGUCAAUUGGGAAUAAAAAGAACUGGAACUGAAAGCACUAAAUCUUCACCAGGAUGUCAUAGAAAAGAGCCACAAACUGCCCCUGCCACACCUCUUCACGAAAGCAACCGACAACGCUCUCCUGCACCUUCCGGAAAUAGAAGGAUCAAGGCAUUGUCUACCACUCGACUGGAAGAAAAUAGAAAAUGGAAAUCAAAAAACGAAAGCACUGAAAAAGAACCAACUGGAAAUUUAAAUGCCAACAACGCGUCGACCGAUAGCGUGCUGCAAAAGUUCCGCAAAAGAAUUUCGCGCUUGCAGUCGAAAAAAUCGACCAGCAGAGAUUCGGAGGACGUAGAGGAACGUUUGUCGCCGCAACCGAUCAAACCGACCGAAAAUGAAAAAUUGUCGAAUCUUGAUGCGCCCUUGUCACCUGUCGAGACCAAAGAACCCAUCAUCGAACAAAGACACAGAUUUGGUGGCAUGGUUUGGCGCAGUAGUAAAGAAAAGAAGAAGCUAAAUAAAGCCGCUAGAAACGCUAAGUGCAACAGCGGCGACAGCGGAAUACACAUAGAGAUGGUGUCCGGAGGCGGCUGCAGCGGCAGAGCAACAGGCGGCGGUGGAGACAGUUCCGAGUCACACGACACCGACCAGCAAGCCACCGAUGAAACAGAUAGUCCGCCCACCAUCAGAUGGCGCACCUCCCACCCUAAACUCAACCGACCCCAUUCCGAACUAUUUAACCAAAUUCUCAUCGACAAAUUCAAGGCCGAUUUAAAGGAGCGUGCCCACAUCCACCAGCACGUGCGCAGAACGCGAUCGGACCUGGGUGGGCAGCGGUUGCUCAAUUGGGAUCCGCGCGCAUCCUACCGUCGUAUGAUGUCGUCGCCUGCGCAUCCUCGGAGCUGGCAGGGCGGCAACAGUCCGACCAAGAAGCCGCCGCCUACGCAAUCCGCCACAGCCUCGCCCCCGGAGGUGCAGCUGCGCAACCCGUGUCGCAGGGGACAUCUCCGUAGGUCGCUCAGCCAGCCGAUCGACAUUGACAAGCUGUCGCCACUCGUCAGGCCCAAAGCGCUAGGAUUAAGAGCUGGUGUAAACAGCGAAGACGAGCAAGAUAUGCGAAUGGGCACGACGUCGGAAGACGAAACCAUGUCCGAUUCGGAAUCAUCGAUCGUAUCGCUGACCGAACGAAAGAAAUCGCUCGAAUUGGCAAUGGACGAAGAAAUGAUCGUGUUGGCCGAGGCUGUGUUUGAUCACGUUGCCAUUGAAGCGGAAGAGUUGGUUUUCGCCGCGGGCGACGUGAUAGAAGUACUGGAAACUGCCAACAGAGACUGGUGGUGGGGAUCCACUAACGGACGGUCUGGGUGGUUCCCCGCUCACUUUGUCAGGUUAAGAGUGAGUCAGGAGGACACUGUUGAAGACUGUUUGGCGGCGAUGGCGUCCGGUCGCCCUGUUGCCAGUUCGAUGCGUCGACGCACUAGCAUAUCGUUGCUAUCGAACGAUCAAGUGCGCACGAGCGUAGUGCGCGAAUUAGUGCACACCGAACGGGAUUUUGUGAAAGUGCUGCGCGAUGUGGCGGACGGUUACAUUUCGGAGUGCCGCAAACGAAGCGAUAUGUUCACCGCGGAACAAAUCGAAACAAUAUUUAUCAACUUGGAAAACAUUCUAAGUUUUCAGUCGGAAUUUCUGAAAGACUUAGAGGAUUGCAUAGACUGGGAAUCCCCGUACAAAAGUUGCGUGGGCAGUUGCUUUUUAAAGCACAAAGACGGCUUCAGGAUGUACUCGGAUUACUGCAACAGUCACCCGAUGGCAAGCGCAGCGCUGCAGGAACUCAAUCAGUUCAAUAACUACAGCAAAUUCUUUGAGGCGUGCCGUCUGAUGCGGGGCCUUAUCGAAAUCCCGCUUGACGGAUAUCUACUCACGCCAGUACAAAGAAUUUGCAAGUAUCCCUUGCAAUUGGCGGAGCUGCUGAAAUACACGAGAAUAGAACACAAGGAUCACGAAAACAUCAAGGAGGCUUUGGAGGUGAUGCGCGGCGUUGCCAUGCUUAUCAACGAGAGAAAACGACGAAUGGAAAGUUUGGAGAAGCUGGCGGCGUGGCAACUCCGCGUUGAAGGAUGGGAGGGCGAGGAUCUUAUUGAAACCAGUUCCCAACUAAUUUACCAAGGAGAAGUGGCCAAAGUUACAUCUGGCAUGUGGAGUAAUAACAUAACAUUGUUCCUAUUUGAUCACCAAAUUGUAUAUUGCAAAAAGACUUCCUCUGGAAAAAAUCGUAAGUACCAGCAUUUGUUACAGGACUUGUUAAAACGAAGCACAUACGUGUACAAAGGUCGAAUAUGCCUCGAUACCUGUGAAGUAAUUGAUGUAAACGACGGAAAAGAUAUUCACAGUGGGGUAAGCGUGCGGUACGCCAUUAAACUGUACAGCUGCGUGCGCGAUAAGUGGCUACUGUUUUGCUGUCGGUCCGCAGAAGAUAAGCGUCGCUGGCUGCAACUGUUCGCGGAAGAACGAAAACUGGUCGCCAAGGACAGAGACAGCGGCCUGGACGACUUUCCACCGUCAGCAAGACAUCUGGCCAGAAUGGCGGCAAAGAUACAACGGAGGCCCCCAAAGAAACCAAGAAGUAAGCCAAAAUGUGGAAGAAACUUUAAACACGAUUCUGGUUACAUGGGAUCAAAUCUACAACUCAACUCAAACUCAAACUCGUUGGGCAGAAAAGUGGGAACGUGGUUCAGUUUUGGUGGUAGCAAAAAAACGAGACAUCAACAGUCUGCAGUUUCCUGAGAUCGGACUACUUUACUUUAAGCUUAAAAAAAUGCCAAAUAUUCGCCGCGUACUUAUCGAUAAGGACUAAUUACUAGUUAUUCCAGUGCCAAAUAAUUGUAAUUAUCGAGGUAAUUAUGUUUAGUUACCCACUUUAUGUACACACUUUAGGUACCUCCCCAAAAUCACUGACACUGAAUGUUUAAUUAAACAUUAAACUAAUGAUAGAUUGUAAACAGGGUCUAAAAAUGGACUAUAUUUUAUAAUGCCGCAGACGCAAGAAGAUAAACAAGAUUGUUCAUACAAAACCAGCUAAACAAAUUAAUAAUUCUGAUAGAAAGUUUUGAAAAGCAUUGUUGUGAAAAAACAUACUUUUAAUUGGUUUUAAACGUAAACAGUCGUUUGUUAACAUAAUAUGACAAUAUUUUGUUAUCAAAAAAUUCUAAACAUGAUUGAACUAUCAGUGAUAAAAGGCAAAAUUUGCCACAAAGUGCUGUGUUAUACACUUAGAUUUAAGGCCUAAACCUGUAAAUAAUCUGAGAGCUUUUUCAUGAAAAAAGCCACGCAUAUUUCUUUUUAGCGAAAAUCCUAUAUUUUAAUAAUCCUGAUGAAAUGUUUGAAAAUGAUUGCUAAUUGUGUAGUUAGAAAACGUAAAGUAAAAUAGAUGUGUAACUUUGUAAAAACAAUUUUAUCUUAAAAUUUUUAACUUAAAAUUUUUAACAUUUGGAUUGUUCUAAUGAAACCAAUAUAAUAAAUUAAAAUAAUUAAAUAGAUGUCAAAUUAGCAAUUAACCCCUAAUAAACAUUUACCUGCAUUAUCUAUAAAUUAUUUAUAGUUAUAAAACGGUCAUAUAAACUAAACAUAUCAGUUACUACAAUUUUAUCAUGAAAUAAAUUUAUUUCAAAUUUACUGACUGAUUAGAUUUUUUUUAGCAAUAUUUUACAUAUUAUAUGUGCACAAUCUACAAAAUUUGCUGUCACUAACUCGCACAGGGUAUUUUUUAAAUGGCACAUUUUGCCAAUUUUUUAUUUUACAUUUGUUAAUUAGACCUAAAUUUUAACUAGACUUGAUGUUGACAUUAAUAUUUAUUUGUAUCUAUUAUGGACCAAACUUGUAAUAUACUUCCUAGCAAGUUGUACACGUUGUUAUAUAUUUGUUUGUUUUUUAACGUAUGCCAA